GUGCCACCGAACCCUAGUUGCAAGCUCAUUUUGCCUGCUUCCGCGAGCUGCUCCAACGCUCGUUCGCGGCGCGCGCGUGCCGGCCAUGGCGGAAGGCCUGCUGCGGUGGCUCUGCGUGCGCCGGUGGCGUUUCCGUCGGGGCAGGCGCGUGGCGCGGCUGGUGCUGUGGGGCGGGGAGGCGCGGGCGGCGGAGCCCGGGAGGGCGGUCGGGGAGGUCAUGGUGGAGCACGCGGGGCGUGUGGUGUGCCGCGCCGACGGGUUCCGGAUCGGGCGCCCGGUGCCGGUGCUCGACAUCGAGGACCGGCUCGAGGCCGAUCGCACGUACCUCGUCGUCCCCGUGGACCGGCUCCCGUGCGGCGGGGUCCUCACCGCGGCGUCGCUCGCGGCGCUCUCGCACGGCGGCGGCGGUGGCAAGGGCGCCGGUGGUGGUGGCAAGUCGUCGGCGGCCCCGGCGGCGUCGCUGGCCGGGGGCUCGAGGAGCCCGUUCGAGUACGCGAAGGACGAGGACGGGCGCACGGUUAUCAGGGUCACCGAGGAGUUCAUCGUGAGGGCCGUCACGGGAGGUGGCAAUGGCAAGACGCGUGGCGGCAGCGGGGACAACACCGACGGGUGCGGUGCGCUUUGCAGCACGCCGGAGCUGAGGAAGCACUACGAGCUGCUGGUGGGCGCGGAGAGGGGGCGGCCGUGGUCGCCGCAGCUGGACACGAUCAAGGAGCGGAAAGGGCGGAGGCUCGUGGACGUCGUCAGCCCGGGGAGGCUGUCGCCGGUGAGGCUGCUGGGGAUGGACAAGGGGCUCAGAUAGGAUAGGUAGGAGCACGAUCGCAAACAAGCCAAUGACACCACCAUCUCAGAUCUCACUGGACUCAUGCUGCUGGGGUUUCUUUGGCUGAAGAUGUUGAUUCUCGAUUGGAAUCGCACAUGUCGAUAAAUGGAGGCCUUUGAGUUUUAA